CGGCCACCCCGCUAUAAAGAUCCUAGUUUGCCGCUGCUAGCAGCAAUUUCACAUCGCCAUCGGCCGUCGCGUCCUGCUGCCCAGCAUGGCGCGCCUCCCUGCUGGUACUCCUCUUGCAUCUCUCCUCUUCCUCUGCGUGCUGUCGGCCUGCCGCGCGGCCGGUUCCGGCGGCAGCAACCCCACGAGCGCCGUGGUGCUGCCGGUGAGCAAGGACGCGGCCGCCACGCAGCAGUACGUGACGGGGUUCCGGCAGCGCACGCCGCUGGUGCCCGUGCAGGCGGUGCUGGACCUCGCGGGCGCCACGCUCUGGGUGGACUGCGACGCCGGUUACGCGUCCUCCACCUACCGCCGCGUGCCGUGCGGGUCCAAGUCCUGCCGCCUCUCGCGCUCCGUUGCCUGCGCCACCAGCUGCUCGGGGCCGCCGAGCCCGUCCUGCCUCAACGACACCUGCGGCGGGUUCCCGGGGAACACGGUCACGCACGUCAGCACGAGCGGCAACAUCAUCACCGACGUGCUGGCGCUGCCCACCACGUUCCGCCCGGCGCCGGGGCCGCUCGCCACGGCGCCGGCGUUCCUCUUCACCUGCGGCUCCACGUUCCUGACGGAGGGUCUCGCGGCGAGCACCUCAGGGAUAGCGUCGCUCAGCCGCGCCCGCUUCGCGCUGCCCACGCAGCUCGCCGCCACGUUCCGCUUCUCCCGUAGGUUCGCGCUCUGCCUGCCGGCCGCGGGCGCGGCGGGCGUCGUCGUCUUCGGCGACGCGCCCUACGCGUUCCAGCCCGGCUUCGUGCUGUCCAACGCGUCGCUCAUCUACACCCCGCUCCUCGUCAACCCGGUGAGCACGGCGGGCGUGUCCACCAAGGGCGACAAGUCGGACGAGUACUUCGUCGGCGUGACGGGCAUCAAGGUCAACGGCCGCGCCGUGCCGCUGAACGCGACGCUGCUGGCCAUCGACAAGCAGGGUGUGGGCGGGACCAAGCUCAGCACGGUGGCGCCCUACACCGUGCUGGAGACCUCCAUCCACAAGGCCGUCACCGACGCGUUCGCGGCCGAGACGGCCAUGAUCCCGCGCGCCGCGCCCGUGGCGCCCUUCAAGCUGUGCUACGACGGGAGCAAGGUCGGGAGCACGCGCGUGGGCCCGGCGGUGCCGACCAUCGAGCUGGUGCUGGGGAGCGAGGCCGCGUCGUGGGUGGUGUUCGGGGCGAACUCGAUGGUGGCCACCAAGGGCGGCGCGCUGUGCCUCGGCGUGGUGGACGGCGGCAAGGCGCCGAGGACGUCGGUGGUGAUCGGCGGGCACAUGAUGGAGGACAACCUGCUGGAGUUCGACCUGGAGGCGUCGCGGCUCGGGUUCAGCUCCUCGCUGCUGUUCCGGCAGACGAACUGCAACAACUUCCGCCUCGGCUAGCCGACAAUGCCAGCAGCCGCCACUUGCCAAAUGCCAAUGCCCGGCCUCAACGUUGAUUGGGUUGUAUGAUUGCCUCUGUGUCCCCGUCUGAGACCAGAGAAGAUGGUCUCGGGUUUGGGCAGUCGCUGUCUGAAUAAAUUGUUCAUCUAUAGUGGUACCAAAUAGCAAUGUUGAUGC